UUUCAUCGCGAGCCGCGCAACAUUCCAGCAAAAGCAUGUCGCUAGCAUGUGCCCUCGCCGGCGGCCCAGCCGCGUUCAAGGACGUCUUCGUCGACAGCCGCCACGACCCGCCGUUGCCCCUGCCGAAGAAAGACCACAGCGGUGGCGACGGCGACGGCGACGCCCUCACGAGCAACCCGAUGACGGGGCAGCGCCUGUACCAGGGCACCUGGGUGAUCGAAGGGUGGAUCCCGGGGAUCGUCCAGAUUCAAAACGGCGGCGGCUUCACGCCACGUCGUGGCGAUGUCAUCCUCGCCAGCCCGCCCAAGUGUGGCACCACGUGGCUCAAGGCGCUCGCCUUCGCCACCAUGGCACGCGGGGCGCACCCGCCCGCCGCCCCCGACCACCCGCUCCUCCGCCACACGCCGCACGACUGCGUCCCGUUCAUGGAGGUGAUCGUGUCCGGCGGGUGGGGGAGCAAGCUGGACGCGCUGCCGUCGCCGAGGCUCUUGUCCACGCACAUGCCCUACUCUACUCUGCCCGCCUCCAUCACCAAGAAUCCAGACUGCAAGAUCGUCUACAUCUGCAGGGACCCAAAGGACAUGGUAGUCUCAAUGUGGCACUUCCUUAGGCAUCCUCGGCCAAACCUGUCAUUCAACGACAUGUUCGAGCUCACCUGCGAGGGCAGAUCUCUAUGCGGCCCAUUCUGGGACCACAUCCUCGGGUAUUGGAACGCCGGCAAAACCAUGAGUGGCGACGAGGGCCAACCAGAGAUGACCUCGGCAGCGGUCCUUUUCCUCAGGUACGAGGAAAUGAUAAAAGACCCAGCCAACAAUGUACGAAAGCUGGCGCGGUUCGUUGGGCAACCAUUCUCCGCUGCCGAGGAGGAAACCAAGGUUGUGGACGACAUUGUGGAUCUGUGCAGCUUUGAGAAGCUGAGCAGCCUCAAGGUGAACAAGGCGGGCCCUGUGGUGUUCACCAAGUAUCCUCGUGAAUCUUUCUUCAGGAGAGGGGGUGUAGGAGACUGGAUGAACCAUAUGACACCUGAAAUGGCGCAUCGUUUUGACGCCCUUUUGCAAAGCAAGUUCCACGGAUCGGGCCUAGAUCUCCUGUGAAUUCUAUUACCAGCAUGCAAACUUGUAUGAUUUUACACUCUGAUCCUUUGUGAAAUAUUAUGAUUCAA